GCUGAGCGAGGCGAGGGGCGGCCUCCCCCCUCCCGGCCGGAGGCAGGGCGGCGGCGGGGGCGAGGCGGAGCGGCGGGGAAGGCAAGCCGGCAGCCGGAGCGGGCGUGUGAGCCCCAUGGGCCGAGCGCCUGCGAGAGGGGGAGGAGGAGCCGCCCCGCCGCCCGCCGCCCGGGGAUGGUGAGGAGGCGGCGGCUGCCGGGAGCCCAGUGAGGCCUUCGCUCGGCACCCGCCGGAGAGCCCGCCUCGCCAGCCUCCCCCUUCCCCCCGCUCGCUCGCUGGCUCGCUCCCCCCUUCCCUCCCCUUCCCCUGCCUCCCUCCCCGGCUCCCUUUCCCUGCCGCCGCCACCCUCCCAUCACCUCCUCCCCGGGCUCCAGCCAUGAGGGAUGUACAUUUCAAAAUACAGUUAUAAAGGGGAGUUACUAACACUUAAUUCAGAAGAAUAUUUGUUUACAGAAAUAGCUGAGAAGGAGAAAAACGGAAAAAAAAACCCCAUCCCUUUUGUGGAGCCUUCUGCGGGAGUUCAGGAAUUUCAACAGAGUGAUCUUUUGGCAUAAACUGGUUUUUCAAGAGACAUUCCUGCCAUUAUGAAUGAAGUAGCAAUAGUGAAGGAAGGGUGGCUUCACAAACGAGGAGAAUACAUAAAAACAUGGAGGCCGCGGUAUUUUCUUUUGAAGAACGAUGGCACAUUCAUUGGCUACAAGGAACGACCGCAGGAUGUUGACCAGCGGGAGUCACCUUUAAAUAACUUCUCAGUAGCUCAGUGCCAGCUGAUGAAGACAGAACGACCUAAACCAAACACAUUUAUCAUUAGAUGCCUCCAGUGGACCACAGUAAUUGAAAGAACAUUUCAUGUGGAGACUCCAGAGGAGCGGGAAGAAUGGACAAAAGCCAUCCAAACAGUAGCAGACAGCCUCAAGAAACAAGAGGAAGAGAUGAUGGAUUUUAGAUCUGGCUCUCCCAGUGAUAAUUCAGGUGCUGAAGAAAUGGAAGUUUCUAUGACAAAGCCAAAACACAAAGUGACCAUGAAUGAGUUCGAAUACCUUAAACUACUGGGAAAAGGCACUUUUGGAAAGGUCAUUUUAGUUAAAGAAAAAGCAACUGGACGGUAUUAUGCUAUGAAAAUUCUGAAGAAGGAAGUUAUUGUAGCAAAGGAUGAAGUAGCGCACACGCUGACAGAAAACCGUGUUUUACAGAACUCGCGGCAUCCAUUCUUAACAGCUUUAAAGUAUUCCUUUCAGACACAUGAUCGCUUGUGUUUUGUUAUGGAGUAUGCUAAUGGAGGGGAGUUGUUUUUCCAUCUGUCAAGAGAGCGUGUCUUUUCUGAAGACCGGGCUCGGUUUUAUGGAGCUGAGAUUGUUUCAGCGCUGGAUUACCUGCAUUCAGAGAAGAAUGUGGUUUAUAGAGAUUUGAAGUUGGAAAAUCUUAUGCUGGAUAAAGAUGGACACAUAAAAAUAACAGACUUUGGACUGUGCAAAGAAGGCAUCAAGGAUGGAGCAACAAUGAAGACUUUCUGUGGCACUCCAGAGUAUCUUGCACCAGAGGUGCUGGAAGACAAUGACUAUGGUCGUGCAGUGGACUGGUGGGGUUUAGGAGUUGUGAUGUAUGAAAUGAUGUGUGGCCGCCUCCCUUUCUACAAUCAGGACCAUGAAAAGCUCUUUGAACUCAUCCUUAUGGAGGAGAUCAGAUUUCCACGCACUUUGUCACCUGAAGCAAAAUCUCUCUUGUCAGGUUUGCUGAAGAAAGAUCCCAAGCAAAGGUUAGGUGGCGGUCCUGAUGAUGCCAAGGAGAUUAUGCAGCACAAAUUCUUUGCUGGCAUUGUUUGGCAAGAUGUAUACGAGAAAAAGCUUGUACCUCUGUUUAAGCCACAAGUUACAUCUGAAACAGAUACGAGAUACUUUGAUGAAGAAUUUACAGCACAGAUGAUAACAAUCACUCCUCCUGACCAAGAUGACAGCAUGGAUUGUGUAGAUAACGAGAGAAGACCUCAUUUUCCUCAGUUCUCCUAUUCAGCCAGUGGAACUGCUUAAUGUUUUGCAAUGUUUUCCCAUUCAGAAACAAAACAGACUGCAUUUUGGGGACCUUACUUCAAUGGACACUAGAGAACUUUCUAUAUUAUCUGAAUUACAAACUGUGUUUGUAUUACAAUUUAGAUGAAUUUGUAGGAAGCCUCACAGAUUCUGUAUUUAAAACAAUUCUUUGAUGCAUUUUUGAGAAGGAAAACAAAUCCAUUCUUAAAGUAUUAAGUCAAGGCUUUUAUGCUGAAUGACCAUAGGUUUUUAAGAAUAUACACCAAAACUGUUUACUUUAGAAAUAAUUAAGGUAUUCAACAUAUCAGCAACUCUGACCAGAAAAUCCCCUUAUUUUAUUUAUUUCAUACAGUUCAUUAUCUAAAUAUAGAAUCUGCACUCUGAACAAUUAGAUUUAUAUAGGAAAAUAUAAGACUUUAGUAGCUAGUGCAAUAAUAUAAGCAACAAAGUGAACAAACUCUGGAGGGUUAAGGUUCAAACUCAUUUUGGACAGCAGUGAAGUGUCAUCCAACUCCAGAAAACCAACUAUAGGAACAGCAUUAAUGGCCUCAGUGAGGUAAAUCAAAAAGCAAAAGUUAUUUUUGUUAUAACAUCUGCUACAAGACAUUACAUAUCAAACUGAAUCCAGUGGAAUUGCCACGUCGUACAGAUGAGUAUUCCAUUCUAGACAGUGCAUUUAAUUAUUCCAUUUGCAUAGAGUGUAGGAAUACUUCAUAGGAUUGGCUUCUCAGAACCUAGAAAACGCCUGAUUUACCAAUCUAAUAUGAAAUGCAACAACACAAAAUCACCCACUUUCACCACUGUAUAAAAAUACCAUGCAGGUCUAAGUGAGAAAUCAUCUUAAUGAGUGAGUCAGCCAGACAAAAGUACAUUUUGGCACUGAAGUAAUGACUUGUUGCCGCUGUUUUUUUAUGAAAAGAUAAAUGAAUAUAUAUAAACACUUAAUGAUUUUUUGCAUCAUGCCAGAUCAUUUCUUCUUUCUUGAGUGUGCAUUAAAGGUAUCAGCCAACAGUUCAUGGUGCCUUCUCACUCUUGAAGAUUCACUUUAACAGUGUUUCCCAUGUAUAAGAAAAAAACUAGGUUGAAACUUCAUAUGUGUUUGAAUAAUAAUGGUGUUCAAAAAGUGAAUAUUUUUUUUUGUUUUUCAUUUUUAAUCUUAGUGGAAAAUUCCCCACACCCGAUUUUUGUUGUAUCAUGUUUCUUUGUAAUUUUCAUAAAAGCAGUCUUAUUCUGUCUCUGCUGCGAAUGAAUUUAUUCCAUUGUAGGUUGCGUUCUCUUAAAUAGCUUUUUUUUGUUUUUCAUUCUCUUGACUGUAUAAAAAAAAGAUGACAUGUACUGCAGUUAACUAGCAUUUUUUUUAUUUGAAAGGGAGUAUGUUAUGAAAACCCUCGCUUCCCCUUUCCAUCAGAAACUGCUGUGUUUGCACAGAGAGCCCAUCAUCUAUCUUGACUUUUUUUUUUUAACAACAUUCAACUCUAGUAUUUUUACUCAUGAUAUGAAAGUUUCCCUCCAAAUACUUAAAUAAAAAUUGCUUUAACAAGUUAGGUUCUUAUUUCUUGUGGUAGGAGCUUUCUGAAUUUGUAGAGGUGCAACAACUGCUCCAGUUUCUUGAGUUUUGAUGUGUGUAUUACUGAGGGAUUUAGGCUUUUCAGCCCCUCCUCAGUUGUUUCAUCUCUGUGCUGAUCAUUAUGCAAAGAUAAUUUUGGAAAAUGUUUGUUAAAAGAAAUACACCCUGUGCCAGAAAUAGUUUGUCUUGAGGUAAAUGAGGACAGGCCUCAUUUUGCUGUCCUCCUGAUGCCAGUGAGAUUGUGUUACUGAGGCCCUAAUCUUAAAAGUUAUUUCUAUUCCAGUCACUUGGGCCAGUGUACAAUAUAUAAUACUGCAUUUCCUUCCUAGGGACUAAUAUUAAUUGCUUCUAGGAGGUAGUUAUACAAGGCUGGAAUGUCAUUUUUCAAACAAGAAUACAGAGAAAAAUAAAAGAACCUCUAAGAACAACUGCAGUAUGCUUCAAACUAAGCACAGAAGUUGCAACUGUAGUAAGCCAUUAAACAUGCAAAACAUUUUUUGGUUCAAGGAAUAAGCUGUAAUUCCCAGUACAAUUUACUGCACUUUUAUGCAAGGAGGGAAGGUGAAAGAAGGGAUGUGUGUUUCUGUAGAGACUGAUGCUGGACAGCCUGUCCUAUUCUGCAAGUAUCAUCUCCUAACUGCUCUCCUUCCUUUGCUUCCAAGCCUUCAUCUGAGUUUCCAGGCAGCCCAGGGACGAAGUCCAAAGAACUUCUCUGCAAGUCUACAAGCCCUGACAAGUUCUGAACUAACACACUACGUGCAUCCAAAUAUAGGCAACACGAAUGAGCAAAGGUUACCAUAAUCUGCCCCAGGAAAAUCUGGUCUUUUAAAUGCAGGAACAGACAUGGAUCUGGUGGUUCUGCUGAGGCUGAUCAUGUCUCAGAACAGUAUUUUUCUGCCAGUUGUUGCUAAUGGAUUUUUGGUUUAAUUCCCAUCUAUAAAAUGGAACUUAAAAAAAAAAAAUGCCAAAAAAGUCUGGGAAUCUUAGUAUUGUUAGCAACAGUGAGCCAUGAGUGCCACACCUGAAUGCAGGGUCUUCUGGAUAUUUUCCCUCAUUUUGCCUGUGAUUAUUAAAACGCCUUGCCUGUUGCCUAUAACUGAAUGAUUACUGGCAUUGCAGCUGUCUACCUGCAAACAUAAAAUGUGUCCUCUAAAUUUUGGUUUAGCACAGAAAAUCCUAUCACAAAAGUCUGUAUAACAUGUCAUUCACCUUGGAUUGCUUUUGUACCAUAUAUGUGGAGACUGCUUAAA